AUGAUCAGACGUCAGACGUUGCACGACCGACAAAGAGACGACUAUUUUUUUGAUGAUGACGACGAUGAAGAAGAUGAUGAUGAUGAUGAAGAAGAAGUGGAUGAAGAUACUACUGAAGAUUACGUCGACCAAGUGGAAAUGACGGAGGAAAAUCUAUCGGAGGAAGAUGAUAACCGACGACGGAGCGGACGCAAGCGCAAGUCUGUGCAGUUAGACAACAACUUGUCGGAUGAAGACUUUAUCCUGAGCAGUGAUGAGGAGGUGGGGGAGAAAUCAAAAUCCAAGUCCAUCUCGAAAAAGAAGGAAACAGUAAAGAGCAAGACGAAGAGCAAGCAGAAACAGACUGACUUGAGCGAUGAAUCUUCUGGUGAUAACAAUGUGAAGAAAGCGAUGAUGGACGGUUUCGUUAUUGAAAAGGUGCUGGGCCGUGAAGUGCACACGUUGAAGGAAUGGAAGAAAAUCUGCUGGAAAAAGGAUACGCGCUUCUUGACACAUUGCUCCAUUUUCAUGCCAGCCGAGGAAGAGGAAGAACUCCAGGAACAGGAACAGAAGGAGCUUCAACACGGCGAAUUUACUGCUACAGGCAGCAACGAAACACCCUCUACGAAAGAGGCCAACAUUAAUGAUAACAAGAUUGAAGACGCUGGCGAGGAACGUUUUUUGAUCAAGUGGAAGACAUUAUCGUAUCUCCACACUAGCUGGCAAACAGAAGAUGAAUUGAUGGAGACUGAUAAGAAUGCAAAGGGAAAAAUCCAGCGUUUUCGCGAGAAGGAGCAGCGUGCCUUUUACGCCCAGGAUAUACAAGGAGACGAGUAUUUCAAUCCGGAAUUUCGCAGUGUCGAUCGAAUUCUUGAAAUCAGUGAUCGACCGCUCGAUGAUUUUCUUCCCGAUGAUGACAUAAACGGUGAGAGCGGAUUCCAGUAUUUCUUGGUAAAAUGGAAAGCUCUACCUUAUGAUAUGAUCACGUGGGAGCGGGAAGAUGAUGUCGGCGAUGACGCGGCUGUGGGUUUAUACAAUGAUCGCAUUUUGAGAGCGGCAAAGCGCUACAAGAAGGUUGCUCUUGCAAAACACGCACCGCAAAAUAAACACAAGAACUUCAGGGGCUACACUGCAGAAUCGCCGCCACCUUGCAAGAAAGAGCAGCAUUUUCAAUUGCGUGAUUAUCAGCUUACUGGUGUCAACUGGAUGCUUUUCAAUUGGUACCAGAAGCGUAACUCGAUGCUUGCUGACGAAAUGGGUCUUGGUAAAACUGUGCAGACUGUCAUGUAUGUCAAUCAUCUUGCAGUUGUUGAGGGAACACCACGGCCAUUUAUUAUCGUGGCACCACUUUCGACGUUAGGCCAUUGGCAGCGCGAGUUUGAUAGCUGGACCAAUCUCAACGCUGUCGUAUAUCAUGGGUCAGCUGCUGCGCGAGAAGUUUUGCAAGACUACGAGUUUUUUCUAUCGGAGGAUGAGCUACAGCGUGCUGAAAAACUGUCGGGAAAGAAAACGGCGAACAGCAAUGGCAAGCGGCCUCUGCGACCGAAACGCAACUGCUACCGCUUUGAUGUGUUGAUCACGACAUUUGAGAUGGCCUCGGCUACAGACCUUUACAAAUUGGCUCAGAUUGAUUGGCAACUACUGGUUGUGGACGAAGCCCAUCGACUAAAGAAUCGCAAUUCGAAGCUGUCAAACAUCCUACACACAAGGUUUACAUACCAAAACAUGCUGCUGCUGACAGGCACACCGCUUCAAAACAACGUAGAGGAGCUGUGGGUGCUCUUGAACUUUCUCGACACGAAAAAGUUUAAAUCAAAGGAGGAAUUUCUUGAACGCUUUGGAGAGUUGACGGAUUCAGCACAGGUUGAACGCUUGCACUCAGAGCUGAAACCGUACUUGCUUCGACGAAUGAAGGAGGACGUUGAAAAGUCGCUUGCGCCGAAAGAAGAGACUAUUAUUGAAGUCGAGCUUACGGUGCUUCAGAAGCAGUAUUACCGUGCAAUUUACGAAAAGAACACCGAGUUUCUUACAAGAGGCGGCAGGAAAGGAGAUAUCCCAAGCUUAAUGAAUGUUCUUAUGGAGCUCCGCAAGUGUUGCAAUCAUCCUUUCCUUGUAAAAGGUGUUGAGGAACGCGAGGUGAAACGGCUAGCAAAGCAAGUAUCGGAGUCAAAAGAAGAAAUUCAACGCCAAAUUAGCGAAAGUCUCGUGGACACUUCGGGUAAACUAGUUCUGCUGGACAAGCUGCUUCCUCGCUUAAAAGAAACUGGUCACCGCGUUCUAAUUUUCUCGCAGUUCAAGAUGAUGUUGGACAUCAUUCAGGAUUAUUUAGCGCUGCGUCGAUACAACUGUGAGCGCAUUGACGGUAACAUUACUGGCAACGACAGACAGUCAGCGAUUGACCGCUUCUGUCGAGAAGACAGCAACGCGUUCAUCAUGCUGUUGAGCACUCGUGCAGGUGGCGUUGGUAUUAACCUGACAGCGGCCGAUACUGUGAUUAUAUAUGACAGUGACUGGAACCCGCAAAAUGACCUCCAGGCGCAAGCACGCUGUCAUCGCAUCGGUCAGACAAAAAGUGUGAAAAUUUAUCGUCUCCUGACAUCUAAAACCUACGAGUUGCACAUGUUUCACAAAGCAUCACUGAAGCUGGGGCUUGAUCAAGCAGUUUUGGGAGGCAUUAAAAAUGACGACCCUGUUGCAAAGCUCAAAGGAGUAGUGAAUACAAACAAGACGAAUGAUCGUAUGUCAAAGGAGGAAAUUGAAAGCUUGCUUAAGCACGGUGCGUAUGAGAUGUUCAAAGAGCAGGAAAGUGAUGCGGAGGAAGCAAGUAAAAAGUUUGGAGAGGAAAGUAUUGACCAAAUUCUUAGCCGAAGUACCACAAUCGUCCACGAUCCGACCCGAGAUGCGGACGGAAAUGAGAAGAAAAACAUAAUGUCCUCUUUUUCUAAAGCAACUUUCGUAAGCUCAGCUAACCCAGACGAGGAAGUUGACGUUGAUGACCCAAAUUUUUGGACCAAAGUAGUUGGGUUGAAAGGAGUCGAGGAACAUAAAAAAGAGGAGCCGUCACCCUUGCAAGCAAGACGCUGCCGUCGAAAGGUGAAAUCCUACUUGAUCGACGACGACAAGGCCGAUAUGAUGGAGGAUAGUGGGGAUGAGACACCCUCUUCGCGCAAAAAGUUGUUCCGAGGGCUAGGUGCUCAAAAUGACGAAGAAUUUGUGAUCUCAGACAACGAUGGCGAGGACGAAGACGAGGACGAGGAUGACUUGAGCGACGUAGCGCUGGCUAAAGACGAAUCAAUAGGUGCCCUUUCCAAUGGAAAAAGAAUGCGCACUAACGAACCGGUGUUACCAAUCUACUCACACACCGAGCGAAUUGUGGAUCUCCUGGAAAGUUUUGGAUAUGGGCGAUGGAACGACAUGAAGCGCUGUGCUCCAUUAUUACAUAGGUACCCGGAUAGUAUGCUGAUUAAGUUUGUGCAAGACUACGUCUUAAGUUUGGUGCGAGCGACAACAGCGAUGACAGUCUUUCCUCGUAUUGGAUUAGAUCUCGAGCCUAGCCGAGUGUACAUUGUCUCGCCCACGGCUCCUUCGCCGCAUAUGGGAAUUGCCGCUCCAAUUGAGCGUUAUGCCCAUGAGUUGACCAACUCAUGCCGUCGAUACCGUUUUCUUUCAGCAAUAUUGAACGACAUGAGGGUAGCCAGUCCGCUGGCCGUCGCUAUUCCGCCACGCAUGUGGAUUACAGAUUUUAAAAGUCGAGCAACUCGUGGAAGCCGCACGAAGCUCCAACAAAUCGACACAAUGUACAAGUUAAACGAAUUUGUGAGCGUAACGUUGGUGCCAAUGUUACCGCUCGUCGCUUUGAUCAAGGAUCUUCAAAGGGUUGGAGAUGCAUCCGAGGUUCAUCGAAUGAUUGAGUCGGGUAAUGUUCCAGAAACUAGUGAUGCAACUCCUGUUAGUAAGAUUGAGGAAUCAGCGCCUGAAGGCAUGAAACCUACAGACACUGUGUCGGUGUCAAACACCAAUGGCAUCGAAGACACAAACAAGAACGACAACGUUUCAAGUCAACAGCAUUUUUCUCCGACCGAUGAAAUUCAAGAGGUGGUGCUUGCUAAGAGUGAGACAAAUGCUCAAUUGAAGUCCAUGAAGCUCUCACUAACAGAACCUCCCCUGUCAGCAUCUUCAGAUAGUGCUGUUUCCGGAAAGGCAGAACCGGAGGCUUCCUCUGCGAGCACAGCAGCAACGGAGGUUGCUACCUCAGAGGCUUCUUCGGGCACCGUGACGACCAAUAUUUUAGGUUCUUCUGGCAAGGAAGGUGAGAGCGAAAGUAUAAAUUCGCCAAUUCCAAGCGUCAGUAACAAUCAUAACGGUGCUUCGGGUGAAGAUUCUGAAGUUUUUAAAACCGAGGACAAGCCCCAGACGUCUGCGCAGGGCAGUAGCGUUGUUGCAGCAUCCGCAGUGGCAAUAAAACUGCAGGAGGAUUCAACUACAGCAAGAGCGGAAGCUGAGCGCAAACAGGCUAUCCGAAUCCUCCGAGCAUUAACGCCUGUGACCUCUCCUGAGGCGGUAGCACCGUGGUGGAUUCCUCGUGUGGAUGAUGUUCUACUUAUGAUGCAUGUUUACUGUCAUGGAUGGAUGAAGGGUCGAAGUUUACCCAUUAGGAUGGUGGAGGGGUCGACUUUGUUUGGAGACCGUGCUAAGCGAGUCCCACUAUCUGAGUGGCCUUCAGUGGCUAUCUUUAACCGGCGCCUUAAGGUAAUACUACAGGUGUGGACUGCUGUGAAAAAGGCGAAGCCCGUUGCACCUCCCUUGACGCCUACUACUGCAGCAACGGGCGUAACUAUUGCGCAGCAGCCCCGAAUGCAAACCUUUCAGCAUGAGCAAUUGCAGCUACAACUUCAACGGCAACAACAGGAGCAGCAGCGUGCUCAACAAGCGCGCCAGUACACAACUUCUUCGUUACAUGGCUCACGCCAUAACCAGUUCGCCAAGCUUAUCUUUUCGUACGGGAUUCCUGAUGUGAGCACAUGCCGAGACGAUCGUGAGCGCAACGAGAAAUGGCGCUAUUUUUUGCAGGAUAGCCACCUUGACAUUGGGCGCUUUCCACUGGAGGAGCUGCUAGCGGAAGCACUGGACUUGGAGCGUGUGUGUCGCCAGCGUCUGCACAGUAACACUGAUGAAACAGGCACUGUAUAUAGCGAAGAGAACUCAAUUCUGGGUGGAAAAAGAGGAUUUUGGUUGCUCACGACCACACAGUGCCGGCGGUUACUGCAUCGAGUGGAUCUUUUCCGUCUGCUACGCUCGCAAAUCCUUGUGCUACCUCCAGCUCAGCUAGUUGAGCUGGUUAGCCGAGUCGUCCAAGCCCAGGCGGCGUCCACGGACUACCCUGUUUGGUGGAGUUGUCCACGACACGAUAUUUUACUUCUGCAAGGUGUUGAAUGUUAUGGUCUUGACGAACACCUUACAUCCGUGUGGAAGCUGCCUCUGUUCAGCUCAGUAAAUACGACAAGUGCCUUUCCUAGCUCCAGUUGGGUGGAAAAUUACGUCACUGCCCUUGGUCUUGCAUGUCAAAACCUGAUUGUAAAGGCUCGGUUGUAUCACCCUGAUGAUGGAUACGUUAAUUUGAACAACGGUGAAAUGAGGUCUCCAAGCGACAGAUAUUCUGCUCAAACUGACCCAACCGAGGAGGCUGAGAUGAGACAACGAGCUCGAGAAUUUUGUAUGAUGCGGGAAGAAGACCCGUAUUUUGUUCCAGCAGUGCGUUUGCGGCAGCUCAUCGAUACUAACGCAGCUCGGGAUAAGGCAUCGAUAUCUAUGAAAGAUCUUUUGUCUGCACAACCUGUUGUUCAAGCGGGUCAGCAUAUGUCGACACCGGCUAAUGAUACCGUGCGCGUACAAACAUUUUGGGAUGCACAGACCAAACGCGAUGAGAAUGAAGUAGCGAGGAAGAGCUCAAGUGGUAGCAGAGACGAUGGAGAGAAGAGUGAUGUCAAAGACGAAGAGGAGCAAGCGAAGGCAAGUGGAUGCAGUGAUCAAAAGGAGGAAAAAGCAUUGCCUGCGUUUAAUGCCAGCGUAAUUCAUCUUGACGACGACAUUAGCAACGGUGUUAGAGAAGAGGAAACGAAAAGUGCAUUACCGCAGGCAUUACAAGACAACAGCUCAGUACUACGCCCUACUGAUGCUACUGCAGCCUUAACAGCAAAUCGGACAAGGCUAGCACGUGGUGAAAAGGAAGGUUCAGAAGCUGCUGUAAAAACUGGGGGAAAGCAAUCAACUGCGUCCUCAUGGGAAGUAAUUGUGAUCGACUCUUCUGACGACUCCGAUUAG